AAUAGAAUGAAGGAAGUAAUGUCUAACAACAGUACAACAAGUAUAUCUCAAGCAAGAAAAGCAGUGGAGCAGUUAAAAAUGGAAGCAUAUCUGGAUAGGAUAAAGGUAUCCAAGGCUGCUGCUGAUUUACUGGCAUACUGUGAUGCUCAUAUGGGAGAAGAUCCCCUUAUUAUACCAGUGCCUGCAUCUGAAAAUCCCUUCAGGGAGAAGAAGCUCUUGUGUACUAUCCUUUAAGUUACCUUGCAAUUACAAAUGUCCUCUGUGAAAAUACAAUACUGAUGGUGCAUGCUUUUCCUGGAGACUUCUUCCGUACAAUAAUUUAGUGCAAAAGUGACUAUUUCUAAGAAAACAAUACAUUUUUAUGUUAAUGUAAGUAUUUUACAUGGAAUAGUCUAAUGUCAAUUUUCUAUCAGUGCUCUGUGCUAAACAUUUCUGCUCUUGACUAUUUCUUUGUCAUUUUGUAAUGAAGGAACUGUAUUUGGUUUCAGAUAUGUGAAUUAGAUUUUACCAGUUAAUUUUGUGCAAGGAUGUAUAUUUGUGAGAAGAACUGUUACCAAGAUGAGCAAUACCUACUCUCAACUUUUAAACAUCUUUUAGUUUCAUUUGAGGAAAUAGAGUUCAGCAGAUAGGGUUGUGCUUGAUGACACUUUAAACACUGAAGCUUUUUUUUUUAAAAAAAAAACCCUAAAUUUUGUUGACUACCUUGUGGCUAGCUGUUUGAUCUGCUACGCUGCUGCACCUUAGGAACAUAGGAAGCUGCCUUAUACCAAGUCAGAAAACCGGUCCAUCUAGCUCAGUAUUGUCCACGCCAGGGGUGGAGAACCUAUGGCCCUCUAGAUGUUUGCAUCCAAAUCCUGUCAACCCCAGCUACGAAGGCCAGUGGUCAGGUGCGAUGGGAGUUGUAGUCCAGGAGCAUCUAGAGGGCCACAUGUUCCCCACCACUAGUCAAUGCUGAUUGGCAGCAGCUCUCCUGGGUUCUGGAGAAGAGUCUCUCCCAGCCCUACUUGGAAAUGCUGGGGAGUGAACAUGGGCCUUUUGCGUGCAAAACAUGUUCUGUAAUACCGAGUACGAUCCUUCCCCUUGUUUUUGACUGCAUCAACAGCAACUGCAGAUGGAGGUGUUUGUUUUUUUAAAAAAAAUCAUUUCAGCCCAUUCAAAACCU